AUGGGCCUUGGCCUGUCCAAGCGCGGGCUGGGCCCGAUUCUCUUCGACGCAGUGUCGGCGACGGUUUUCGCGGUGGUGAUGGCUGCAUCGUACCGUGCGGCGGCGCUCCAGAGGCGUUGUGUCCGGGAAGGUGAGGAGGUCAGCCUGACGGAUCGGACUUUCGAAGCUUCUCUCAUGGGAUUUUUGCUAUUUCUUGCGUUGAUGAUCCGCAGACUGCUAAACCAGAUUUUCGAGGGCAGCAAGCCUCAAGUUACCACAGUAGUCAAAGCAUUGGAAGAGGAGAUGACUAAAUCGGGUGCAAGGAUUAAGCAGCUCGAGACAGAGCUUAUAGAGAAGAUUAAAGAAGCAAACAGUGCAGGAACAUAUGCAAUUGCUCUAAGAAAGGAGUUAACGGAAUCAUAUUCGAGGAUUAAGCAGCUCGAGUCAGAGCUUACGAAGAAGACUGUAGAGGCAAACAGUGAAGGAGCAAAUGCAGUCGCUCUAAAGAAGCAAUCGGAAGGGCUUUUCCUCGAGUACGACCGGUUGCUCGAGGAAAAUAUGAGCCUCCACAGCAAGUUGCGAUCGUUAGACCGGGGAAUGUCGUUUUCCGAGAGCAAGAAGGUUGUGUAA